AUGUACCUGAACGAGAGAUUAAAGCUGUCGCAGGCGACGGCGACGGAGAUGGUGCAUCUCUUCAUCGUCGCCGCGUACCUCGCUCCCCUGUUUGGCGCCUUCAUAAGCGAUAGCUACUUGGGCAAGUACCGGACCAUCCUAUACCUCUCCUUCAUCUACUGCGCCGGCAACUGGCUCGUCGCCUUCUCCGCGCUUCACACCACGCCGUCCGCCGCGCUCCCGUGGGCCCUCGCAGGCCUAUCCUUUCUAGCCUUGGGCAGCGGCGGCAUCAAGCCGUGCGUGUCGUCGUUCGGCGGCGAUCAGAUCGAGAUGACCAACCCUCCCGGCGCGGCUCGGGACCGCCUGGUUCGGCAGUUCUUUUCGUAUUUCUACUUCGCGAUUAACGUCGGGUCCGGGAUCUCGACGAUCGUCACGCCGCUGCUGCGCGUUAAUCUGUCGUAUAGCGCCGCGUUCGCGCUGCCGGCAGUGCUGAUGAUGGUUGCCACGUGUCUCUUCUGGCUCGGCAGCGGGAGUUACGUGCACCAGCCGCCCGCGGGGAACGUGGUGUCCGAAGUCCUCUCUAUAAUCAUCUCCGCUCUAUGGCCGGGGAAGGCGCGGCGGAAAUCUUACCCAACCCUGGCCAUGCCCAUGCCCGUGCCAAUCCCGGAGCGCCACGCGAGCUGUGCUGACGUGGACAGCUCCCCGCUUCUCUCCAGCAGCCCCGCGUCGUUCGGCGCAGGUAAUGGCGGCGGGGGCGGUAGCAGCCAUGGAGGGGGGAACCGCUUCCAACCGGGGAGUCCGCUGCAAGGCCAGUUGUCUGAAUCACCUCAGAGCCAGCAGCGGAAGGGCAGCCAGCCGACGCUGCAGAAGAAGCUGUCGAAGCGGGGCAGCAAGCGAGCCAUAGUGCCGUUGGGAUAUGUUCCCAAGGCGCACUGGCUGGACCCCGCCAAGGGCGCGCACGGGGACGAGGCGGUGGAGGACGUGAAGCUGCUGCUGCGCGUGCUGGCGCUGUUCGCCCCCGUGCCCAUCUUCUGGUCGCUCUUCGACCAGCAGGCCAGCCGCUGGGUCUUCCAGGCGGAGCGCAUGGACGGGCGGAUCUGGGGGGUCACGGUGGAGCCGGAUCAGAUGCAGGUGGGUGACGGUGAUGUGGGGUUUGGGGGGGUUGGGAUGGGUGGGGAUGGGGGGAAUUGGGGGGGGUUCGUCCAGCAGGCCAGUCGCUGGGUGUUCCAGGCGGAGAGGAUGGAUGGCAGGAUCUGGGGGGUCACGGUGGAGCCGGAUCAGAUGCAGGUGGGUUGUGGUGAUACAGGUGCGUUGUGGGCAGGAGGGAGGGAAAAGGGGGGUGUGGGGGGGGCGGAGGGGUUGGAUUGGGAUGGGGACUUAGGGUGUUUCGACCAGCUGGCGAGGCGGGGGUGUUCAGGCUGGGGGAAUGGAUGGCAAGAUUUGGGGUUUAAGGUGGAGCUGGACCAGAUGCAGGUGCGUGGUGGUGAGGGGUUUGGGGGUUUUGGGAUGGGUGGGAAUGAGGGAAGGGGGAACCGUGGGGGUCGAAUAGCAGGGCAGCAGAUGGGUUGUUAUACAGGAAGAGGAUGGAUCAUGGAUGGGCGAAUAUUUGGGGUUAGAGUGAAGCUGGGCCAGAUGCAGGUGCGUUGUGCAUUCCACCUCCUUUUUCCUUCCCCCCUUCUGCGCCCCCCGUCCCUCCCCUGCUUCCUCCACGCACAGACCAUGAACGCAGCGCUCAUUCUGGUUAUGAUACCGCUAUUUGAUCAGGUGAUUUACCCUGCGUGCGAGCGCCUGGGCGUGUCAAUCCGCCCCAUCCGCCGCAUGGCCACCGGCAUGACCCUCGGCGCCCUGAGCUUCGCCCUCUCCGGCCUCCUCCAGAUCUGGAUCGAGGCUCGGGCCAAGUCUGGCUCGCCGAGCCUGCUGCUAGGCUCGGCAGUGACCGCUGCUGCUGCAGGGGUGGGGAGUGUGGGCGCAGGGGAUGGAGCUGGUAGGGUGCCACAGUAUGUGAUCAUGACCGCCGGGGAGAUCCUAUUCAGCAUCACGGGCCUCGAACUCGCUUACUCGCAGGCCCCUGCUAGCAUGACAGCUGUCGUCACCGCCUUCUGGUGCCUCACCGUCGCUGGAGGCAAUCUCUUCACGGCGGUGGUGGUCGGGACCGUUGGCUCGCAUCUCUCUCAGACGCAGGAGUUUUUCUUCUUCACCAUCAUGUGCCUGCUCUCCACGGCACUACUACUCUAUGUCGGCAAGGGUUUCAUCUAUGUGGAGAGCUGCCAGGACUUUGAGCAACCUGACCCUUUCUCUCAGGGUGGUGGUGGUGGGUUUGGUGCGGUUGGUGGGAGUGGUGAGGGGCAUAGUGCCCCACUGCCUGUGCCUGGUGGGUCGGGUGUACGGCAUGAUGCGCUGUUUGAUAUUGAAGGGGCGGGUAGUGUGAACUCGCCGCCUGCUUCGUACACUGACACGCCUACGUGA